AUGAACGGUUGUAUAUCCGUUGCUGUAGAAUUUGCCGAUCAAGCCCCGUUGGUCGCCGCCGCCGCCGCCGUAGUCAUUUGUCAGGCUGGGGUCUUCGACGCCCUGGACAGGCAUUUUUACGCAGAGCUGGAGGAGAAAAUCUUUAACCAAGAGGUCUACGCAGUAAACCUGGAUGAUUGGCGACGGAUAUCAGCAAAAUGCAAGCCGCAAGAUUCCGUAUGGCCUGUGCCUGCGUACUCUUUCAGAAGGGGUGAGUUUUGGUCUAAUUGCAAAUGCUGCAAACUGACAUUAGCAGAAUUCACCCAAAGGAUGUUAAAGGGACCAUCGGUCAUCGAGAAACAGAGCAUGGGUGAGGAGAAGAGCACGAUCAAUGGUAAGACGACCAAUUCGGUGGACGAUGGUACGACCAAUUCGGUGGACGAUGGUACGACCAAUUGUAAGACGACCAAUUGCAGACGGAUGGGUGGUGAAAAAGUCGUCUUUCCUAACAAAGCAAUCGUCUCAAAAAGACUCAAUAGUAUUUCCUCAGAACAACUGAGCGAGUUAUCAAUCCGGCGUUUGCGAUGGUACCAUAAAGGGCGCAACCUGUUCACUAUGCCGAAUGCGAAAUUGAGAAACUUGCGUGGAACUGACGCAAGUGGAACUGAUGAAGUGUAUGAAACGGGCUUACUUCCUGAAGGAUUGUAUGUCGUUUUGAAAGCGAGGAAUACUGGACCAGUGCGGCGAGGACCUCGGCAUCAAGAACCUAUAGGAACUCAGAGGCCGGCAAGACUGGAGAGUCGUGAGGUGGUCAAAAACACUUUUUGA